GGCUAAUGUGACAAUGUGACUGAACGUGUUUCUGAUGUGCAGUGAUCGCGUUUUCUUCGGGUAAGUUUCCAUCCGGACGAGCCAGGCAGCGGCCUCGAGGCGCGCAUCACCAUCAUCAUCAUGCGUGCCAUGCCUGCCAUGGCAUGCGAAGCGAAGCGAACAUCCUUUCACCCGACCGCAUCACCGUGAUGAAGACCUGCGCGCUUUCAAGCAUCGCAUGCACGCCGAGAUCAAGGCGGAGCUCGCGCCGACCGUCGAGACAGUCAAGCGCGAGUUCGCACUGAAGCGCAAAGCCGCGGGGAGCGACCGCGCGCGGCUGCAGCAGCUCACCGACGAAUUCAACGACAGGAUCAUGGAGGUCGAUAACAGGGGGAUCGAGCGCCUCAAGGACGCCGUCGCGCGCGAGCGGCAGCGCCGGGGCGGCGAGGCGGGCUGGGGCGAUAGCGCUGCUGCAGACCGGGCGCAGUCGAGGAUGGGCGGGUUCGGGGACUGGAGCAACGGGCACGCGGCGGACUUUUCGGACUGGGGGUAUCAGGGCGAUGGUCAGCGGGCCAGUUCCGCUGCAGGACACGCCCGUAAAGCGUCCUUUGAUGCCGGCGUCCCGACCACGUCUCUGCUAAGUGGGACCCGGCCUGCAUCAAGAGGAGGCCCGACCGCAUAUAGCGUGAAUGGUGUCCGCCCAGCCUCCGCCGCUGCUCGCCCAACCGGGCCGCUGCAAGACAGUCUGCUCCACUCGACAGCCAAGAACACUGGCAUGGAUGAGGCGAUGAUGCGCAAAUUCGCUGACGAGCAGGCGCGCAUGGAUCGAGGGAACACACCGGCCACACCAAGCGACCAGGCGUAUCGCAAAUUUGCGGAAGAGCAAGCUCGCUUGCAUCGAGUGCAGACUCCAGUCGAAAUCCCACGUAAUGAAGCACAGCGGAGAUUCGCAGAUGAACAGGCCCGAUUGAACAGGGCACAUUCUCCGGAGAUAACACGGACGGACACGCCAUCCAAGUCGUUCAGCGAAGACCAGAUGCGGAUUCUCACGGGGACCUCUGCCGACACGUCUCGCAAUGGGUUGAUGAACGGCGCGCGUCCAAGUCCCAAGAGCAGUUAUCCGUCUUCAUCACCCAUCGAUUCAGCCCGCCUCGCAGCAUUCGCCGAGCAACAGCAUCGUUCGAGUCAAGCCAAUCUCUUUGCCGCGCAUCAGGAUGCCAAGGGUGCAUUUCCGUGUGGUUUGGCAUGUUCUAUGGUUAUUCUCAUUUGGGCUUCGCAGGGAUCAACGGCACGCGCUAUACGCAGGCCUCACAAGCCACCCGCAAGUCGAAUCCGCCCCCGUCUGCGCGACGAAGCUCCAACGCGUCGAUGGCCCCGCCGUCGGCCAUGUUCGGCCGAUUCCCGUUGAACGAGCAGGACUCGCGGUUCGACUAUGACUCGAAUCUGUCCAAGGUCGAAGUGCUGUUUUUCGACCUCGAUGGGACGGUCAUGAACUGGCGAGGCACCGUGGCGGAUGAGCUGAAGCGGCUCGGAACGAAGAACUUUGUCAAACCGAUUGAUUGGGAGGCGUUUGCGACCAAGUGGCGAGAAGCAUAUCUCUCUGCCAUUCGCGACCUGGCAACGAACGGAGACUCGCUGGCCCCACGAACGGUGUAUUACUCGACGCUGGAAAAGCUCUUGAGUAAAGAGGCCAAGGAGCUUUCGUCACGAUGGUCGCCGGCUGUGAGGGCCCAGCUCGUGCAAGUUUGGGAACGUAUCGCUGCCUGGCCUGACGUUCAAGCAUCUUUGAAAUCAAUACGAGGGAUGAAGACUGUUGCAACGCUCUCUAACUUACCCCUACGCACCCAAAUGCAAAUGAACAAACACGCUGGCCUCGUUUGGGACACGUGUAUAUCCGCUUCCCUGUUGAGCUGUUUCAAACCGAGCGCUGAUGCGUACACCGAGGCAGCGCGCCACGUGGGCAUCGCUGCGCCCAAUUGUGCUAUUGUCUCCGCCCGCGCGGAGGAGCUGCGCAUUGCGAAUUCUGCGGGCCUGAAGACCGUGUACGUCCGUCGAGCGUCUGAGGAUCCGCAUGUCGUGCACGCCGAGAUUGCGAGCAAACUCGAGGGCGGGGAAUUCGACCUUGUUGUGGACUCGUUUGAGCACCUCGCGAUCGUCCUGGGGUGUGAUUGAUUCUGUGAUUGUACCAACAACUGCUUCUGCUUUCGGACUCGCUCUGUUGUAAUGGUCUGUGUCCACAUGUUUUUGUACUGUUCUUGUACUUGUGUGUUGUUCUCAUUGUUUCUUGUUCUAUGCAAUCCCUGCUCUUAUCGGACUUGUGCCAACUUGAACAUGACAUUCUGUGCUAGUUUGUCGUGAUUCUUG